CUGCUACCUCCAGUUAAAUAGCAAGGACACGGGAGCGAGCACACGGCCGUGUGUGAGGAUAUACUUUUUUCCGCUACCGUGGGAUUUACGACGCGGGGAUUGCAGCAUCGACGGCCAGCCGCCAGGUAAUAGCGACACACGCAGUCCGCCGCGCGUCGCAGAUCCGCGAAAAGGCCCACGAUGUCCAGCGAAGUGCAGAGACCGGACGACAGCCCCAGCACCAGCGGGGGAAGCUCGGACAUCGAACAAAGGGAGUCCGUGCCUCCUGAGCAGGAGCGGGAGCAAGCACAGCCCAAAAAGAAGGAGACCAAGAUCUCCAGUAAAACUGCUGCUAAACUUUCAACUAGUGCCAAGAGGAUUCAGAAAGAGCUGGCAGAAAUAACACUAGACCCGCCUCCAAACUGCAGUGCCGGCCCCAAAGGAGACAACAUCUAUGAGUGGAGGUCGACCAUCCUGGGACCACCGGGCUCCGUGUACGAGGGAGGCGUCUUCUUCCUGGACAUCGCCUUCACGCCAGAUUACCCCUUCAAACCCCCCAAGGUAACGUUUCGUACGAGGAUCUAUCACUGCAACAUCAACAGUCAGGGCGUGAUCUGCCUGGACAUCCUGAAGGACAACUGGAGCCCCGCCCUCACCAUCUCCAAGGUCCUGCUGUCCAUCUGCUCCCUGCUCACAGACUGUAACCCAGCCGACCCUCUGGUGGGAAGCAUCGCCACACAGUACCUGACCAACAGAACAGAGCAUGACAGAAUAGCCAAACAAUGGACGAAGAGAUACGCCACAUAGACUCGCCGCUGUUAGCCCCGCCCCUCUUCAUGUCCCUCCCUCCCUCUCUCCCUUCGCUGUACCUCUCUCUACCUCUCUCUCACCCCUUUAGUCUGUCAAAGCACACUCACUCAGUGCAACAGUAUCACCUCUUCCUCCUCCUCCUCCUCCCCUCAAACAUUUUAUCUACCUUUUCUGUGUAAAAAAAAAACAAAAGAAAGAAAAUCAAACGACAACAAAAGACAAAAGUCCUCUUGUUCCUUGUUGACUUGAAAACGUCUUUUUUAUACAAAGAUUUGAGGGAUUUUUAUUUUCCAAUAUGUGAAUGUUGGAAGUAAAAAAAAAAAAAAUCAACAUAAUUGUAUAAUUAUCAUGCGUAUGGAAGAGGAUUAGGAUUAGGGUCACACAUGAACAAAUAAGUCAGAAUUCUGAGAAGAAAUUUAGAAUUCUGUUAAAAUUCUAAUAUGAAAGCUCGGAAUUUUUAUUUUUUUCACAGAAAAACAUUUUGAAAUGAAAGUUUCUUUCUAGAAUUGUGGCUCAAAUUAGAGUCAGACUUUAUAACUCAUAAUUCAGAGAUUUUUUAAUCUCAGAGUUCAGAUACAUUUCUGAGAUUUAUAUUCUGAGAAUUUUUUUCACAGAAAUGUUCUCAAAAUUCUAAAAAUUUAAUAAUUUUUCUCUUAGAAUUCUGACUCUAAUCUCAGAAUUCUGAUGAAUAAAUCUGUAUUCUGAGAUUAGAGUCAGACUUUGGCAAAAAACUGAAUUCUGACUCUAAUCAUAAAAGAUUAUUUUUCUCAGACAUUUUCUCAAAAUUCUGAAAAAUAAAAUGUAGAUGAAAGUCAGCAUUUUGACUUUUCUUAAAAUUCUGACUCUAAUCAGAGAAUUCAGAGCCAAAAAAGUUUUUUUCCCCUACAAAUUCUGGCUCUAAUCUCAGAAAUCUGAUGAGUAAAUCUGUAUUCUGAGAUUAGAGUCAGAUUUUGGCAGAAAAAAAUAAAAAUUCUGUCUCUAAUCUCAAAAGUUUUUUCUCAGAAAUGUCUGAAAACUAAAUGUUAGUUUUUUGGCUAAAGCCUGACUCAAAUCUCAGAGUUCUGUCUGUAUUCUGACUCUUCUUCUCCUCCUCCUCCUCAUGCGUGCACACGCGUUGUUUCUUCAGCUCCACAGUAAAUAAAGUAUUCUGGUUUUCUUCGAGGCUCCUGGAACAAACGUGCAGAACAUAAAGUAAAUGCUUUGACUUUGUUUUUCUUUCUUUUCUCUGUGUUUGUCAUUGAUGAUGUGAUCUGCAUGGAACAGGAAGGUUGUUUUUGUUGUUUUUGUUGGGGUUUUUUUUGCGUCGAUGGCUCCUUCAUGCUUUUUAAACUUCCUCUGAUUUUCUUUGUACUGUAUGUAUUUUUUCAAAGGCUUUUGAGGCAGACCACAGAUGUAUAGGGUCUGCCUGUGAGAGGCAGGACGUGUUUAUUUACUGGCUAUAGCGCCACCUCUGCCAAUGCAGAGUGGUUUGUUGUGCACUUGUAUUACUGAAGCACCCAAUAAAACACACUGUGGUUGGCUCGUGAGUUCAAAAAAACGCUUGUUUCUUGUUGGGGUUUUUUUUGGAUUAUUUCUCACCUCUCCACUGACUCCAUGUCUCACGUGAAUGUGGUCGUAAAAGUUUACAGCGGGAAACAUGUUUACACUUCCUCUUAUCAGACAGUGUAUCUGUGGGAUUAUGACUCCCCUCGCUGCUCUCUCGUGUAUCUUUAUUACCCCUGACACUGAAGUUUGAUGUUUUAAUCUGUUCGUCUGCUGCUCGCCACAAAAAGAACUCGUGAGCGGAGCUCAAUAAAAUCACAUUUGACGGACAGAGAAAUUGUUUACGUGACAGAAACGUGUGAAAUUUACAGCGUGGAGAUUAGAAAGGUGAGCGUUAAAGCUGUAGCACGUAACUUUAAAUAAACAAACGUCUUAAGGGCU